CACCAUUUGAAAACUUCUCCGGACUCCGAGAUCCAGGUCGACCGCAUCAACAGCAAUUAAACAUGUCUUUCCGUGGAGGCCGUGGCGGUUUCGGUGGCCGUGGAGGUCGCGGAGGUUUCCAGCAACCUCUCGGUCCCCCUGCCCAAGUUCUGGAGAUGGGAACUGUCAUGCAUUCUUGCGAAGGCGAGAUGGUUUGCGAAUCCAUCAACCCCAAGAUUCCUUACUUCAACGCCCCCAUCUACCUCGAGAACAAGACCCCUAUCGGUAAGGUCGAUGAAGUCCUGGGCCCCAUCAACCAGGUCUACUUCACCAUCAAGCCCCAGGAAGGAAUUGUCGCGACCUCCUUCAAGCCUGGUGACAAGGUCUACAUUGGUGGCGACAAGCUCCUUCCCUUGGAGAAGUUCCUUCCUAAGCCCAAGCCCGCUCCCGGUGCUGCCAAGCCCAAGAGAGCUGGCGGUGGUGCCAGAGGCGGUCCCAUGCGCGGUGGCCGUGGUGGUGGCCGUGGUGCCCCCAUGCGUGGUGGUCGCGGCGGCGCUCCCAGAGGACGUGGUGGUCCCCGGGGUGGUGGCUUCCGUGGUGGUGGCGGUGGUGGUUUCGGCGGUGGUUUCUCGAGGGGUGGUGGCAGAGGAGGACCUCGUGGUGGAGGCUUCCGCGGACGGUAGACAGUCUCUGUCUUGCCUGGUAGUACUGUCUUCUUACGGCGUUAUGGGAAACGGGAGCUUUUACAGGAAUUUAUUUGUCUCUAUAUUCUUGUGCAUCCUAGGAAAAAUUUGCUGCUUCUCUGUACGCAGAGGCUGUCGUGAAUCUCAGCCAUCCAAUUCAUGUAUUGCUACGAUCGAUUAUGCGGAAUAUUGUUCUUUCAUUA